AUCACAUUGGCGCCAAGUUUGACAUCGAUAUGCUGGUUUCACUUCUGAGGCAAGAAAAUGCAAGAGACAUUUGUGUGAUCAAGGUUCCUCCAGAAAUGAGAUACGCAGACUACUUUGUAGUUGGUAGUGGGACUUCCAGCCGACACUUACACGCUAUGGCCUACUACAUUGUGAAGAUGUAUAAACACCUGAAAUGUAGAAGUGAUCCGUAUGUCAAGAUCGAAGGGAAGGACGCUGAUGACUGGCUGUGUGUGGACUUUGGCAGUAUGGUGAUCCAUUUGAUGCUUCCAGAAACCAGAGAAACCUACGAAUUAGAGAAAUUAUGGACUCUACGUUCUUUUGAUGAUCAGUUAGCCCAGAUAGCAGCUGAGACAUUACCUGAAGACUUCAUUCUUGGACUAGAAGAUGACCUGACUCCAGUGGAGUUCAAAUGUGAAUAAACAAAGUGAUGCCUUUCAUCCCUAAGAUGUGUCUGAGCCAUCUGUAAGUGCAGGUUCUAGCCUUGUCUACUCAACCCCUUGGACACUCAUGCUGAUGACGGCUGUGCAGACUGUAGAUAAAAACUAGCUCACAGGCCAA